GGCGGUUUGAUGAAAUUCGAAUCGACCUGUCGUACGUAACUCAAGUUGUCGGUCGUCUCCCCCUGGUCCACCCUGGUCCUUCUCAACAGCUUGGAGUCGGAGUGACAUUGUCCAUGUACCGGUACUUGACAAUCCCUCAUCGCUUUUUGGACCCCGUCCCCAAUGGAUUUCAGGGCCCAGGUACCUCCGCCACGCGCUGAUCGACUCUGUAGCUCCAGGUACCCUCCACUGACCGCCCGCCCCAGGCUACUAGCCCAGGCCACGCCAGGCCAGGUUGUCGAGCGCCCCUCCACUCCCCCCUUCAACUUGACCCCUCCACUCCGCCCGCUUCGGGUGUCUUCCCCUUCCAUUGAGCUUCCUUCAGGUCCAGUGGUUUUUUCGAGAGAGCUCAUCACCUCACUCAUACACUCCUCAACUUGCAGUGUCUUGUUCCAAACUCUCGCUGUUUCUUUCUAGUUGCUCCUCCAUUCUCACCUCUCGCAUCGUCUUGAGCAACCUUGAUCCUCUUCUCUUUCCUCGACUUUUUGCCCAUCUCUCUGUCAUAAUCUCAUCUCUCCAUCCAAUCCUCAUUUUCGACUUCAUUGUUGCAGCCCGCUUGAGCUCGUGUACAGUGAAUUAAAGAAAAGGAAUAAACCGGCACUCGCCAAUUCAUUCUCAACUCUGCGUUUCUCCUCCUUUCCUCAUAAUUAAAAUGUCCGCCAAAUCGAUCCUCGAGGCCGACGGCAAGGCCAUCCUCAACUACCACCUCACCCGCGCUCCCGUUAUCAAGCCCAGCCCUCUUCCUGCGCCUACUACUCACAACCCCCCCAGCAGACUCGCCUCGCUGCACUUCCCAGAGGAUGCCAGUGUUGAGGAUAUUCUGAACCAGGCUGAGGUCACCUACCCUUGGCUCCUCCAGCCCGACGCCAAGUUCGUUGCCAAGCCCGAUCAGCUCAUCAAGAGACGAGGAAAGAGUGGUCUUUUGGCCCUCAACAAGACCUGGCCUGAGGCUAAGGCUUGGGUCGCUGAGCGAGCCGGUAAGGAGCAACAGGUUGAGCACACCACUGGUGUGUUGAGACAAUUCCUUGUCGAGCCUUUUGUUCCUCAUCCCCAAGACACUGAGUACUACAUCAACAUCAACUCAGUCCGUGAUGGCGACUGGAUCCUCUUCACCCACGAGGGCGGUGUUGAUGUCGGCGAUGUUGACGCUAAGGCUGAGAAGCUCUUGAUCCCUGUGGACCUCGCUGAAUACCCUUCCAACGAGGAGAUUGCUGCUACUCUUCUCAAGAAGGUUCCCCAGGGCGUUCACAACGUUCUUGUUGACUUCAUCACCCGCCUCUAUGCCGUCUACGUUGACUGUCAGUUCACUUAUCUCGAGAUCAACCCUCUCGUUGUCAUUCCCAACGAGGACAAGACCUCCGCCGCUGUCCACUUCCUCGAUCUUGCUGCCAAGCUCGACCAGACUGCCGACUUCGAGUGCGGUGUCAAGUGGGCCAUUGCUCGAUCUCCUGCUGCUCUCGGUCUUACCAACAUUGCCCCCUCUGCCGAUGGCAAGAUCAAUAUCGAUGCUGGCCCUCCUAUGGAGUUCCCUGCCCCCUUCGGUCGUGAGCUGACCAAGGAGGAGGCUUACAUCGCUGAUCUCGACGCUAAGACUGGUGCUUCCCUGAAGCUGACUGUUCUGAACGCCAAGGGCCGUAUCUGGACCCUUGUUGCUGGUGGUGGUGCUUCCGUCGUCUACGCCGAUGCCAUUGCCUCUGCUGGUUUCGCCGACGAGCUCGCCAACUACGGUGAGUACUCAGGUGCUCCCACCGAGUCUCAGACCUACCACUACGCUCGAACUGUUCUUGACCUUCUCCUCCGUGCUCCUCAAAGCGAUGAGGGCAAGGUUCUCUUCAUCGGUGGUGGUAUUGCCAAUUUCACCAACGUCGCCAGCACCUUCAAGGGUGUUAUCCGGGCUCUGCGAGACUUCGCUCCUAAGCUGAUCGAGCACAAUGUUUCCAUCUGGGUGCGACGUGCCGGCCCCAACUACCAAGAGGGUCUGAAGAACAUGAAGGCCGCCACUCAGGAGCUCGGCCUCAACGCCAAGAUCUUUGGCCCCGAGAUGCACGUCUCCGGUAUUGUGCCCUUGGCCCUCGUCCCUGGCAAGUGGGAGGAGAGCAAGGCACAGGAGUUCCAGGCUUAAGGGGUAAAACUUUACCAAGGGGUUAGUAUAGUACGAAGGGAUGAACGAUUUUUAGUACUGCAAGAUAGACAAACGGGUACCAGGUGGUGCGAUGCAAUUCUUGGGGCUUGGGACCAAAAAUGGUCGAACAAGCUGUGUACGGCAGUAUUUGAGCUAUAACGGAAAGAAAGCUAAUAGACCUGAUGACACUUAUGGAUUAGAUGAGCCUCUCGGUUCUCCAAGAUGCUUAUGUAUCAAGAUGCUGUAUAGCAGCCCAUUGAUGUUCCAUUGAUACCAAGUACAUUCUGAUGUAUCAUCCGCUUGCGUGCAAUUUUCUUCCUUACUUUGUAUUCCUAUUGUUGAUCAACACUGAUUGAUUUAUUGAGCUCGUUGUAUCUUGCUAUAUCUAGGGGAGGGUACCUAAUCAUUGUCUCUGGCGUAAUCGAGGAAGAGACUCGAGCCACGUGGAAUGACAUACAAUAAGAGCACGGAGUAGUCGCCCUAAAA